AUGCUCCCGUGUGUCUCGCCCACCCUCCCUUUCUUCUCCAUCGCUGCUCAGGCCACCGCCGCCGCGCCGAGCGGGGAAGAGGACUCGGGCUUGGCGGGGAAGAGGAAGAGGCGGAUCCGGGAGGGGAAGCUGCGGUGGCGCGGCACGGCGACGCGGGCGACCGGACCAGGAGUUGAGAGCGUCCUCGUGCUCGCCAAGGAGGAGGAUGGCGACGCCCGUGCUGCCCGCGACCCCGAGGAAGUCGGCAAUGGCGUCGCUGGUCUCGUCGCGGAGCAGGCGGUGCGCGGCCACACCGGGGUCCGGGGACGCAGCGUGGGCGCCCAUCCGCGCGGCGUCGACGUCGGCCGCGGCGCCCGGGGCUUGAGGCUCCUGCGCCGCAUCGGGGUCGUCCGUGGAGGCGCAGCGGCCAUGCUUCUGUGGCCGCCCCACCACCGCGGCCCCCGCGGCUUCCCGUAUGUGCGGACGAGCACCGCCCAUGCCGCUGCAGCCCAGUCGACCACGCAUGUCCGCCUCGCCGCCGAGGCCUCCGCAUCACGCGCCAACGAGCCCGCCCACGGACGCAGCUGCGCCUGCACGCGCCUUUGCCGCCGGCCGCACGCACGGUCGAGCCAACCGUCCUCCGGAACCCAUGAAAGGCUUGCCAUUCCUCACCCUCUUGCCCCUGGCAGCUCGCGCCCAACAACUGUUCGAUGA